AUGGGACGACUUCUAGUCGGCUAUGCUGUUGGUACAAUCACGGGUGUAGCUCCUGUCUUUGGUGCUGAGAUUGCAAAGACUGAAGAAAGAGCCAGAGUCACAGCCGUCAACCAGAUGAUGGUCGCAUGGGGCUUUUUCGUCGCCCUCUGGACCGGAGUCGGCGAAGGAAAAUGGCACAACUCCAACCAGUGGAGACUCGGCUUCGCUAUCCAAAGCAUACCAGCUUUAAUUCUAGGCGUCGGCGUUCUCUUCCUCAGCGAGUCGCCGCGAUGGCUGUGCUUGAAAGGCCGUAACGAAGAAGCCGAAAAGGCAUUCCGCAACUACCACUACAACGGCUCCAACGACAACUGGUGCCGCACCGAGUUCACCGUCAUUCAAGUCAACAUCGCCGAAGAAUUACAAACUCAGGGGCGUCUAUCGUGGGCCGACCUAUUCAAAACCCCUGCAUUUCGCAAGCGGCUCUUUGUCGGGUCGUUCGUCUGGGCAGCUGCCAUGUUGUCGGGCAUCUCAUUUGUUCAGUACUACCAGACAGCCAUCUAUGCCACCCUGCAGUUCAGCCAGGACCAGCAGCUCCUUGUCAGCGGUUUGUACGGAUCAGUUGCUCCGGUGGCCUGUUUCCUCUCUCUCUUCUUUGUCGACCGCAUUGGACGAAAGAAGAUUCUCAUCUUCAGCUCAUCGCUAUUGUCUGUUUGCUACAUGAUUAUUACCAUCUUGGCAGCAGUGUACCCAGCACGACCUGGAUUCCCUACGAAUGAAGCUGCUCAGCGAGGACUUAUUGCCUGCAUCUUUGCUGUUUCUGCAAACUAUUCAGCCCUUUUAGGACCCAUGACUUGGAUCAUUCCCCCUGAAGUCUUCACAACCGAGCUGCGCGCAAAAGCGAAUGCCAUAGUCCAGGUAACCCACUACUCUAUCAGCCUCGUCAUCACGCAAUGUUCGCCAAUUGCGCUCGCUGAGGUUGGCUGGAAGUACUACAUUAUGUUCAUACUAACAAAUGCAAUCUGCGCUGUCGUAUUCGCCCUCUUUUACCCCGAAACCAGAGGAAAGUCCCUCGAGGAAAUUGACGAGAUCUUUGGGGAUGUCAACAUCGUUCGCGAAUUGGACGCUGAUCUGGCCGAAAAGGCUGGGGCCGAGGAGGUCGAGGUCCGUAGAAGCAUGGCAACGUAG